AUGAGCUCGGUUGACUCCUCAUUCGUGGGUGAUUCAUCGUCGGACGAGGAAUUUGAUUUGCAUGAAGAAGAGGACAUUGCUAUGCUAGUGGCCAUACACAAGGGGAAGAAGCCGAAGCACGGUGGUUCCUUCUAUGGUCGUGCGUUCAUUCAGAGAGAACGGGUUGAUUCGCACAAACGGUUGAUGCGCAACUACUUUGGAUCACCACAUGUUUUCCUGGAGAAUUACUUUCGACACCGUUUUAGAAUGUUGAAAGACUUGUUCAUCCACAUUUGCAAUUCCGUGAAGCGGCAUAAUCCAACCUUCGAGCAGAGAAGGAACUGUGCCGGGUUGCUUGGCCAUAGCACCGAACAGAAGGUCAUUGCCGCUUUGUGCAUGAUGGCAUACGGUGUUCCGGCAGAUUACAUUGAUGACAACUUGGCGAUGGCAGCGAGCACUUCUAUCUUCCAUGUCAAGCAAUUUGCAAUGACUAUGGUAGAAGUGUUUGGUCCACAGUACUUGAGAGCACCCAAUGCUCAGGACACUCAGAGGCUUUUGAAGAUGAACAAAGCUCGAGGGUUUCCAGGUAUGCUCGGGUAUGUGGAUUGCAUGCAUUGGAAAUGGAAGAACUGCCCAAGAGCAUGGCAUGGACAAUUCAAGGGUGGUGGGAAGGAUGCCACUAUCAUUCUUGAGGCAGUUGCCGAUCAUGAAAUAUGGAUUUGGCAUGCAUAUUUUCGUAUGCCUGGAUUUUGCAAUGACAUCAACGUGCUCGACCGGUCACCUCUAUUUGCCAAGUUAGCAAAUGGAGAAGCACCACCGAUGACCUUCGAAGCAAAUGGCCGCACAUACAACUAUGGAUACUAUCUUGCAGAUGGGAUCUACCCAAGCUGGAGUACAUUUGUCAAGCCGGUUGCAAAACCCGAAGGUAAGAAAAAACUCGUCUUUCACAAUGCACAAGCGGCCGCUAGAAAAGAUGUUGAGAGGGCUUUUGGGAUUUUGCAAUCUCAGUUUGCUAUUGUGCAAGGACCAUCUAGAUUAUGA